GGCCAAGAUGGCGUCGGGCGUGGGGGAGCCGGGAGCCUUCUGCCCCCACCACGCCCAGCGGCCCGUCUGUGACACUCGACCCAAGUAUCGCGAGGGGCGAAGGCCGCGCGCCGUCAAGGUGUACACGAUCAACCUGGAGUCCCGCUACUUGCUCGUCCAGGGCGUCCCUGCCUUGGGGGUCAUGAAGGAGCUGGUCGAGCACUUCGCGCUGUAUGGGGCCAUUGAGCAGUACAACGCCCUCGAUGAGUAUCCGGCGGAAGAAUUCACUGAAGUUUACCUCAUCAAGUUUCAGAAGUUACAGAGUGCUAGGGUAGCCAAGAGAAAGCUGGAUGAACGGAGUUUCUUCGGCGGCCUGCUUCACGUGUGCUACGCUCCCGAAUUUGAGACCGUCCAAGAGACCCGAGAGAAACUGCAAGACAGGCAGCGAUACAUCGCCAGGGCGACAGGAAACCGAGCCAACAGUCUGUUUGGGGCAAAGAAGAAAGCGGAGGGCGAGCCCCCAGCCCCAGGAAGUCUCCUCCUCGGUCACCGCCCGGGGCCCUGGCCGGCUGCCCCUGGCUCCCUUGGUGGACCCCACCCUGGGAGGUUCCCUCGUCCCCUCCGGCCUCCUCCCCAUCACCACCCCCCACCCUCCCCAGCCAUAUCCGGGGAGAGCUGGCAAAGGCCCUGCCCUGAUCCCGGGCAGAGGGGACCCCCGGGGAAAGCACCCGACUCCUGGGGACGGCGGCAGCAGGCCGAUCCUCCCGACAACGGGAUCGACAGGUUCCUGCCCCGGACCACCCAGCUGCAGGAACGGCGGAGACGGAGAGAGGAAGACCGGGAUGGCGACCUUGCUGCCGAGCCCCCGGACCCAGGCAGGAACGAGCGGCUCAUCGGGCCUCUGCUCCCCACUCUCCCCGCUCUGGACCUGGGCGAUGCCUCGCUCAAUACCUCGGCCGGCCUCAUCCAGAAGAAACUCAGGGAGGUGGCCGCCCUCCCUCGGCCAGAGCCUUCCGAGAGCCGGGGAGACGAGGUCCCAGACCACCCCCCGAAACAGAGGAGAAGGAUCUAGGCCCGACCGCCAGCCUCCUGCCACCUUCACUGGGCCAAACGGCUGGACAGAAGGACGGACCCCUGGACCGCUGUCGUUCCCCUGGCCCAGAGAGAGCGGGGAUCGAUUGUGCAGUCUGACUGCGCACAGACACACUUCAUGCCGCACACUCCCCUCCCGCUGCCCAGUUUGGAUUGUGAGAAAUUCAAGACUGCGGGAGGAAAGGAGAGGGGCAGGGCCUGCCUUCUUUCCCUUUGUUGGGCAGAGUUCGCUCUGGGCCAUGGGCAGGGUGGGAGGGUGUGAACCCGCUGGAGGAGCCGGUAAAAAUCUGCCCCGGCAUAAGGAGGAUCACAAAAGGAUGUUUAAUGAUCAAAACUCUUCCGCCCUCACUAGAAGUCAGGCGUUUCUGCGAAUGCCUCAGUCUCAAACACCAAGCGGCUCUGGAAAAUGAGAGACAGACAGAUAGAGCCAGUGUUAGAAACCCACAGUUUCCAUGAACCUUUGGAAAAAUACAAGAUUUUGGUACGUGC